CUAGUGUAAUCUGUUAGGUACCGUACGCAGUUAGACCUCUCGUGUAAAGGUACCUAAACAAAACUCAUCAAUGGGUCCGAAGGUCAGGAAGGUCAGAAAUUCUGUUGGCGCCCAAAUGCCCCUUUUGAUUUUAUCAUUUUUCAUCUUCGUGACGAUUUUUCUUGGAUCAGAGUCACGCUCACCAAGCUCAGCAUACUUGAUGUACGAAGACAACAACCUGAUAGUCCUUGAUGAACUUCUACAGAACUACGACAGAAGAGUAACACCAACUCAUCACAUCAGUCUACCAACUACCGUCAAAUGUGAACUUUAUUUGAGAAGUAUCGGGGCAAUUAAUCCUGCUACAAUGGAUUACGAGGUAGACCUGUAUCUUCGCCAGACGUGGCACGAUGAACGCUUGCGCAGUAACAACUUAACUCGUCCGCUGGACCUGAAUGACCCAGUUCUGGUCAAGAGGUUGUGGAGACCAGAUAUUUACUUCCCCAAUGCUAAGCAUGGAGAAUUCCAAUACGUCACUGUGCCUAAUGUACUAUUGAGAAUUAACCCUAACGGAGAUAUUCUUUAUAUGCUUAGACUGAAAUUAACUUUUUCCUGUAUGAUGGAGAUGGAACGUUAUCCAUUAGACGCUCAGUCCUGCGACAUCGAGCUGGCGUCAUUCUCCAAAACCGUUCGAGAGGUAAAACUCCAAUGGUUGAACAAAGAUUCAGUGCUGAUGAACAAAGAUCUAAAGCUUGCACAGUUUGAGCUCAAGCAGGUGAGCUUGACUGAGUGCAAGGAAUCGUUUCAGAUCGACUCAGAUUCUUCCUCAGGGAAGUACAGUUGUCUUCGAGCUAAACUCGACCUUAAACGAUCCAUUGGUCACUAUCUUGUUCAGUACUAUCUUCCCUCCACUCUCAUCGUCUUCAUCUCCUGGGUUUCCUUUUGGCUCGAUGUUGACGCUAUUCCUGCCCGAAUAACAUUAGGCGUCACCACUUUGCUGACCAUUUCAUCUGAGAGUAGUGACCAACAAUCUCAUCUUGCACCGGUCUCAUAUGUCAAAGCGUUAGAUGUUUGGAUGGGCACGUGCACUUUCUUCGUCUUUGCAGCUUUGAUAGAGUUCACCUUUGUAAGCUAUUUGGCUAGGAAGCGACGAAACAUCCAGGAGGUGAAAACAGAAGACGGAGAGAUGAAAACUACCUUGAUUGUUCCAAUAUCAAGUUUAAAUGAAACUCUUACGAACCUACCAACUGUGGCAAAUUUCAAGGAAGUUUCCACACUGAUGCUGUUACCCGCCAGGGGUUGCGCCAAACGAAUUGAUAAGACAAGCAGAAUUGUCUUUCCUCUUGGAUUCCUGAUUUUCAACACCCUCUAUUGGCCAUAUUACUUGUAUUAAUUGGAAUGCUUUACAUACUUGAGUAUGUAAGCACAUUAUGUUAAUAUAAUAAUAAACCGACAAACAGAAGUUUGUAACGCAAAAUGAAGUGAUAUACUUUUUUUUUUGGGGGGGGGAGGCGUAUUACAUGUUUCGACAGAAAUGUUUCUGAAGAAGACAGAACUAUGUUCUGUCGAAACACGUAGUACAUUCACCCCAAAAUAAACCAUUCCUGAUGCUUAUAAAUCGUUGUUUGUCAUUUUAUUAUUGAAUGCUUUAUGUUUAUUGCGACGAUAUUGAAGUUCUUGAUUAAUGUACUGUCUAAGAUAAGCUGUUGUAGCAAAUUGUUGUAGACGUUACCGACUUUGUUUGUGUGUUCACGACCAUUAUCUGAUGAUGUUUGAAACUAUUUACGUAAACUCAAAGCUAAUUUUCAUGAUGUCUCUCACGUUUCACGACACGUCUUUGGAAGAACUGUGGCUCCACUUUCUACUUAUUAUUAUACGUUUAUCAGUCAUCUCAAACAUGACAGUAUAAUAUUAUUUUGUCUACGAUUAUCAAAUUUAAUACUGAUAAAUACAAUACAGAGACAGCAUGAAAAAUGAGAAACUUUAAAAAGUUUUAAAAGAUAAAAACAUUCAAGAUGUAAGUAAUUUGAACAUUUUAAAUUGUUUAAAACGCCUUUCUUUUCAUCAAGUUUUCUAUGUGCAACAGCAUAGUAAAGUUUGUAUAUAUUAAUAAAAAUAACUUUUAAUUGUAUUCGGCUAUCAUAAAAAUAUCCGUAAAACAUUACAAUAAAUUUUUACCUGAAUGUUAAAGGAGAAACAGUUUCUUCAGUUCUUAAUUAAUGUUCAAAAUGUUUGAAGGAGUCAAGGUUGUAGCUCCUUUCCCAACAAAUCAUAUACAUUACAUUUUUCUCAAAAUCAUUAUAUAACAAUGAAAUUACUAUAUUUUUGCAAAAACGAAGUCAUUGCUGUGAUGAAAAGGAUUAAUUCAUGCUGGAGUUUUAAUUUUGACUAUUAUGUUUUGUAAUUAGAUAAUUAUUUAACAAUUAAUUGUAUGUAAAUCCUUUGUUAAUUCCCAGUUGUGAGUUAAGAAAUCUUCAACUACAGUUUACUAGAUAUUAUUUAUUUUGUAAAUACAUAACUUUUAGGUAGUGUAAAACUCCCCAAAUCUAUUUCAAUAUAAGAUCGUAAAGAUCAUACAUUCUUUGCAUGAUUUAGUAUACAAUGUGUUUUGAGAUUGUAAAGCUUUGUUUUCCUGCUUUACAUAGAUAUAUGUAUAUGUAUAACGCAAACUAGGUGAAUGGCAAAAAUAUGUAGCACUAACUUUGCUGAUACAAUAAAGAUUACUAAAAAUGCGGCUAAAAUCCAUAUAAAA